CAUCAAUUAAUUUUUGACCAUAAAGAACCAUUUUUGUUGAUAAAAUUUUUUGGUUUACUUCAUUGCACUAUGUAUAAUAAAAACCAUUUUUGCAAAAUCCAAAAUGACAAAAAUAACAAUGAAUGGGUUGAUUGGAUCGAAGAAGCACUUGCUAAAGGAUAUUUUAAAUAUUACGAGAUUGAAACGUUUAAAAAUAUUCAAGUGAUUGGUUCCGGAGCAUUUGGAAAAGUUUAUCGUGCAAAUUGGAAAAAUGUUGAACGUUAUUUAGCGUUGAAAUCUUUUUUUAAUCUUGAUAACAUCACCGUAAAAGAAAUUGUUCAUGAGCUUAAACUACAACGAGAUGUAGAUUUUCAUGGCAAUGUUAUUCGCUUUUAUGGAAUUACAAAAUUGGAGUCAGAAAAUAAAAUCGACCAAACAAUAAAUUAUAUGUUGGUAAUGGAGUACGCAGACGGUGGUACUCUUCGAGAUUAUUUGAAAAAUAAUUUUAAUAGACUUACUUGGACCGAUAAAUAUAAUUUAGCUUAUCAAUUAGCUUGUUCUGUAUCAUGUCUACAUGACGAAGGGAUCGUUCACCGAGACCUGCAUUCCCGUAAUGUGUUAGUUCAUCAGAAUUCUAUCAGAUUGGCGGACUUUGGGUUAUCUAAAAGGAUCGACGAAGCAUCUAGAACACGUUCAAAAUUACUUGGUAUGACUCCCUAUAUUGAUCCAAAAGUAUUAUUGAACAACAAUUUAAAAUUAAAUAAGAAGAGCGAUGUGUAUAGUAUUGGCGUAUUGUUAUGGGAAAUAUCAAGCGGGUACCCACCAUUUCAUUAUGAGCCAAAUCAGGUUAGUUUAAUCUAUGAAAUUUCACAAAAUCGAAGGGAAGAAAUAAUUCCUAAUACUCCAUAUAAUUAUUCUAAUCUCUAUACUGAGUGUUGGAAUGGUGAACCAAUCAAUCGACCAAAUAUACAUGAAGUUGUUAAUAGGCUAAAAUUUAUUUUAAAUUUUAGUAAUAGUAUAACAGCUUGUCAACGGAAUGAUAUGAAUUAUAUGUCUAACCAAACUAAUUCCAGGCUAAGGGAAAUUCUAACUCCUAGUAGUACUAAAAUUUCAUUACAUGGAGAAUUAUCUCAAAUGAUCGAAAAUUUUAAUAAUAUGAAUACAAAUGACAUAGAUAGGAUGACUACAAAUAGACAAAUUAAUGUUAAUAUUUUAUCUGUGCAAUUAAGCAUUGUAGCUAAAGAAAUAGCUGAUCUUAUUUUUAGGGAAAUUAAUGUAAGAAAUAUGGUGAAUGAGAAACAUGUUUUUGAUUGUCUUAGAAAUCAUAAUGUAAAUUCAAGAGAAAUUUUUGAUUGGAUAUUAAAUGAUCAAAACAACCUAAAUUCCAUUUUUUUACUUGGAUAUUUUUUUUAUUGUGGAAUUGAAACAGGUAGGAAUGAGUAUAAAGCAUUUGGUUUAUUUAAUUAUGCGUCGGGACAGGGUCAUUUAUUAGCACAACGUUAUGUUGGAGAAUGUUAUGAAUUUGGAAGAGGAAUUACAAAAAAUGAAGAUGUAGCUUACGAAUAUUAUAAAACAUUGGCUCGUAAGGGUUAUGCAAUGGGACAAUUUAAAUUAGGUUGUUUCUUUGAAUACGGAUUAGUUGUUAGAAAGAAUCUAGAAAUAGCUGCAUAUUGGUAUGAAAAAGCUGCAUAUCAUGGAAAUUUGGUAGCUUCGAAAGCUCUUGGUUAUUUAUAUAUGGUUGGAAAUGGUGUUGAUGAAAAUCAUCAAAAGGCUUUUGAAUUAUUCAAAAAAUCAGCGGAAGGAGAAGAUUUAGAUGGAAUUGUGUUGUUAGGAAAUUGCUAUAGUGAUGGAAUUGGAAUUAGUAUUGAUAAGCCAAAAGCAGCUGCAUUAUAUCAGAAGGCUGCAUGUUUAGGACAUAAGGUAGCUCAAUAUAAUCUUUCUAUAAUUUAUGAUGAAGGAGUCGGUAUUGAAAAAGAUUUAGAUAGAGCGAUUUACUGGUAUAAUCGUUCUAAAGAAGAUGUUUCUUUUGAUGAUGAUAAUCAUUCUUCCGUAUCUUUUUCAUCUAAUUCUAACGAUAAUACUGAUGAUGAUAACGAUAAUUAUGAUGAUGAUGACGGCGAAGAGAGUAACCAUUACCGUAUUCAACGCAACCCCGAAAAUAAGCAACAUGGGCGGAAUUAUGGCAUUUUUUUUGGCCCGCAUUACUAAAUCUUGGCUCGCAUUACGUGCAAAAGUUGUUGCUUAUUUUCGGAUGAAUACGUAUUAUAGAUGCCUCUAAAUUGAUUUUUAGAGCCGAUUCUCAAUUUUCGUUCUAUUAAUGAAUUUGUAUCAUUUGUAUAAAAACAUAAAUUUCAAUUAUUUGAAUUAUUUAUGUAGCAUUGUAUUUUUGUUUA